UACAGUAGGCCUACUUCCCAUGCCUGGGGGUGGGGGUUAAGAGAUAGAACGGUAUAAAUAGCCCCUGAUGACAGAUAUCAGGAUCAGUGAAACGGGCGAGAGGUCAGAGGUCACACGUCCCAGAGCCUCUCUUUUAUUCGACAGUAUGGAGGUCAUGGGGUCACUUUUGACCAGUGGGAGGCUGAUUUUCGUGUCCCAUCUACUCCUCCUAGUCUGCUGUUCGAUAUCUCCAGCCUUUGGGGACUACAGAACCAACAGGAUGACCUUCCCCGCCCUCGGGUCGAGCCUGGGCAGGUCAGGAGGCCUCGAGAGCCUCGACCUACUCUUCCCCGAAGAACGCAACGAAGGUUUCUCCCGUCGGAGGGACGUUCCAGGAGCCGGGGAACUCGAAGAAACGUCUCGUUCCACCAUCGACGAUGCGCUGCGAGAGCAGGGACUCUCCUUAAAUUCGCAUCUGCUGCAGAAGGUCCAAGAUGCCCUUGAAGAAGAAGAGGAGGAGGUAGGGGCAGAGAGCCGGUUCACAGAGCAGGUCAUCGAGCUCAGGGAGUUCGAGAGGAACUUCGACGGGGUAUUCUCAUGCCCCUGUAGUCCUAACGCCUGCGUCAAGGGGUCAGCUGCGUCGUCUCUGUACAGUCGAAAUUCCUAUUUGCCAUUUGCUGAAUUCAGCAGUACUUGCUUUCUCCCGGGUGACAAAGGAGAUGCCUUCAUCAACAACAGUUCCUUGGCACUGCUGACCGAUUACUGUGGGCUGACCAAGCAACACACCCUCUGUAAAUUCAGUGCAGACACUGCAAGCCGUCAGUGUGGCAAGCCGCUGGCGCUGGGCGUGGACCCCGCCGAGCGAGAGGAGGUCCUGCGCGUGCACAACCAGCUGAGGUCGCGGGUCGCCACAGGUCAGGAGACCCGGGGGAACCCGGGUCCUCAGCCCCCGGCUACUUCGAUGUUGGAGUUGCAAUGGGACCCUGAAUUGGCAGACAUUGCGCAGGCGUGGGCUAAUCAGUGCACCUUCCAGCAUGACUGUGGAAUAUGCAGACAAACAGGACGUUUUGUGGUGGGCCAGAACAUCUUCAUGUCAGGGGGAACCGCUCCUGUGAGACCAGACUGGAAAGGGGCCCUCAGUUCUUUUUACGAGGAGGUCGUCUACUUGAAUCGCCAGGAGGUCACAUCCUUUGCUGGGUCUCAAGGCGUUGGCCACUACACUCAGAUGGUCUGGGCGUCCACCCAGUAUGUCGGGUGUGGGUUUAUUCAGUACCAAGAAGGAAACUUCAUUCAGAAUUUCCACGUGUGCAAUUAUGGUGCCGCAGGAAACUUCAUAGGAAGACCAAUAUACGAGAUUGGUCAGGCAUGUUCGAAAUGUCCCUCGGGGACAGUUUGUUCCAGUGAAUAUCCAGGUUUGUGUUCACCAGCACCUCCUGAAGGCAACCAGGGAGGAGGCCCUUUGCCAGGGAACAGUACUGGACAAAGUCCAGGCCCCGUACCUCCUACAGUACCUGGUGAUAGCCCUGGUGGAUCAGGCGGAGGGGUUCCGACAGAAAGUCCUGGUGCGCAGCCUUGCAGUUUUCCAGGGUGGUGUGGGCCUGGAUACCCUACAAUGGGUGCUCCUGGCAUUCCAGGUACUCCUGGACAGCCUGGAAGUGUUGGAUCACCAGGAAGACCUGGCAGGCCAGGAAGACCCGGAAGGCCAGGAGACUUGGGAAAACCUGUCUUCCCUGGGAGACCCCCUACCGGCCCUAACACUGGUGGAAGACCUGAAAACUCAGGAAUGCCAGGAUUCGAAAACAUACCUGGAAGGCCAGGAGGAUCAGGCAAACCUGCGUUUCCAACUAGACCCCCUGCUGGCCCUGAAACUGGCGGGAGACCUGGAUCUGGAAUUCCAGGAUUUGAAAACAUGCCUGGUUUUCCUCAAGUGAGCGGAAGCCCUGGAUUUCCAAGUAGGCCCACAACUCAACCAGGAACACCAGGAUUUGGUAACAGACCUGGAACAAGUGGUUUUCCAGAGUUAACUGGCCCUGGCGGCAGUGGCACAGGGGGUGUCUUCCCUGGGUUUCCUGGGGUAGGAGGAAGACCCGAUGUCUUUAGCCCACCUGGUUCUCCUGGUGCCCUUAGCCCACCUGGUUCCUCUGGUGCCCAAGACGUCGGAUUAACUGAUAAUCCAGAAGCGACAUUUGGAGAUGGGUCUUCUGUUCCAGAGGGAAUAACUGGAAGUGCUGCUGGCACAGGGUCUCCAGAAUCAUCUCCCACAUCAGGAAACACCACCACACAAGCUAAUGGAAAGCCAGGAAGUUCAGGUUCACCGGGAGGCAUUGGACAAACUGGGCCCAAUUUCGGUUCGAAUUACCUGCCACCUAGACCCUCCCCCAAGCCUGGAAGUACUGCUCUUGGAGGAUCUGGAAAGCCAGUUGAACCAGAACCUGGUGCAAUUUGUAACUGCAAAGUUGUCAAUAGAUUUACUGUGUUGGGUGAGAGACAAAUUUUUAUAAUGAUCUGUUGA